GGAAACAAAAAACGUCAUCGUGGAGCGAAACUUUUCGAAACUGCACGAGACACGAUGUGACRCCCCUGGAGACAACCAGGUCGAAAUUACCUGAGCUGUUUUGCUGGUACUGCAUUGAAGAAGUGUUAAACAGCAGCACAAAUAAGUAGAAGUUAAAAAUGGACGGGCUGGAAAUGUCUGCAAUGAUACCGGCUCUUCAGGAGCUAGCUAGUGCCAGUGCUGCUGAAUACGACUCGGYGGUGCAGAAACCUCGACAGAUCCUCUGCCAGUUCAUCGACAGGAUCCUCACUGAUGUGGACGUCGUUGCUCUAGGUCUAAACAAAAAGUCCAGUUCUGAGCCGGCCUGUGUGAUGCUGCUGGACUUUGUGCAGCAUAUUGUCAAGUCUUCAUCUCUGAUGUUUGCCAACCCUGCCUGCCAGCCGGCUGAGUUUCCAGACACCACACGGAGCUGCACUGACUUCAGUAAGUGGGUGGCGGUGCGUUUGCUCCGUGUCGCAGCGGCGCCCGGCUGCGACGUCAUUCACGGACGCGUCUCUGCCGUGCUGUGCUCUUUGCUUCACACUCUGAGAGUCCGGGUGCCGUUCAUCUUCAGCUGCCUCACACGGGAGCUCAUACUGUUGUCCCAGGAGCUCGGUGAUGUCCUGUACGCUCAUGYAAGCGCACUGGCAGGUUCAGGACCCGGCGAGGGCCUCAGAGACAAGAACAGGUGGCCCGUAAACCUGGAACACUUCUGUUCCAGUCCRGCCUGCGCCUCCUCGUACCUCACCCCUACUUCUUUCAUGCUCACCUGCCCUGCUGCCUUGGAGUCGCUGACUGCUGUCACUUUGGCGAUCAUCAGCGACUCUAUUAGGGGGGUCGUUUCCUGUCGGGACCUGAGUGUGGUCUGGGAGGCGGCGUGCUUCAUCUUAGCUAACGGCAACACCCGGCUGAGGGUGGCCUCCAUGGUGCUGCUGAGAAAACUGGUGGAGCUGAGCAAGUUUCCCGAGCUGCAGAGCCACGACUUCUUCACGGCCUUUUUCCACCUGCUGCAGACGACCCCCCGCACGUCGGCAGCAARCUCAAAUGAGAACCAACCCUACGGUGGCGAGCUGCUCCAGCUGACCCGCAGUUUGUUCCAGUCGUCCCACGUCUCUCCCUCGGACUUUGAGUCCAUCUACCUCUCGCAGAUGUUCGAGUGCGUUUGUGCGCUCGCAGGAGCCGGCGCUCCGUUGGGCUCCGAAGUUAGCGAGUCGCUCUGCCUGCUGUUCAGCUUCUCGCUGUCCGUCGCUCCGAGCCACGAGAGCGCCGCGCUGCUGAGGAAGCAGCAGGUCGCAGACGUCUGCAGGAGRCUGGCUGCCACCGUUGGGACGGAAAACACAGCUGAGUGUGCYGAAGGGUUUCUCCAGGCUGCUCUUAAGGCCGAGGCAGUGAGGGUGAUGCAGGAGGCAGGAGAUGAAGAGACUCUUCCCAAGAAAUCCUGCAAAUCUCCCAGCAGUUUUAUCCACAAAGCAACAAAAACAUCCUCAGCUGAGCUGGAGAUGCGGGGUGGCGGUGAGGUUUGGGCCGUAAUAAGCGGUCGUCUCGAGGAACUGCUGACGCUUUUGAACCUGGACCCUGCAGAACCGGAGAGCACAGAGACUCUGUGUGCUCUGCAGGGUCUCGCCAUGGUCCUCCACCUGUCGGCCCGCUGCUCCUCUCCCGUCAGGUCAUGUCCUGUUUUCCGGGUGUCCACUGAGACUUUGAGCAGGGUUCUGACGAUCUGUCAGUCAGUGUUAGAAGGAGGCUCCAGACCUGUUUCUGAYCAGAACUACUUUGAGUCGGCUUUCCAGGCGACCAUCAGGAUCCUUGACUCUGUUCUGUAUUUGACAUUGAGCAGCCAGGUUGAAGAUCGGCUCCAGCGGAGUGUGUGCGCUCUGCUUUCUCUUCCUUGGGUGUGCGAGAACAAAUCUGUGUCAGCCUUUAAGAGUUCAAGGUUUCCCUCCUGGCUGCCUGCUCUGGCUCAAAGGCUCGGCUCCUGUUACUCACUUGAAGUCCAGGCUAACUGCGUGUCGCUGCUGGCCUUCCUGCACCGCGGUGUGUGCGACAGCUGGCGCGUGUGUGUCUUCACCAACACUCUGCAGAGUCCCAACGAAGUGGUGAGAGCUGCAGCCGUCAAGGUCUUCCCUGUUCUCCUUCACCACCUCGGAAACUCUCACCACAACCUCACCKGCACCACGCUGCUCUCCAUGCUGGAGGACAAAUCUGAGGAGGUGAAGUUGGAGCUUGCCAGGAUUGUUGGUCAGCUGAGCUGCAUCCAGUCAGAGCUCUCCAAGCUUUGUGACAUCACUCAGGACUCCUCCUGUCCUCCCAAAGUCCUCUGCCUCAGCUGCAGCCUCGCAGCAGAGCAUGCUGGGAAGACGGCACCGUCUCUCAAGGCCUCUGCUGUUAGACCUUUUCUUCCUUUAGUCGGACCACAGGCUACAAGCAGUGUCAAACUAGCGUUUCUGGAAGCUCUGCCUCACCUCUGCCAGCAUGUGAACCUGAUUGGUGGCGACAGUGAUUCCAGGGCGGUUCUCUGUGCUCUGAUUGGUCUCAUGGAGGAUCCAGAUCCUCUGGUUCGAAUACGCUUCAGCCAGUCGGUGCGUUUUCUGCUAACAGAGACCGCUACAAGCUCCRAGCAGGGCACGCUGAAUGAGCUUCUGGUUGCACAACUGAAGGAAGCAUUCAGCAAAGCUAAAGUCAGCAGAGACGAUGACUUACGCAACACCCUCAUUCUUACUACUGGAGAAAUUGGCAGAGCCUCUCAGGGUAGUUUGGUGUCCUUCUCUUUGCUGCGUCUCCUCCACUGUCUUCUGUCCAAGUCGUCCUCGGUGUCCGUGACUGCGUACACUCAGAUCAGAGCGCUGGCUGCCGCCAAAGGGCUGAAACUGCAGACACUUUUCAAUCAGUACAAAAACCCCAUUUGCCAGUUCUUGGUGGAGUCUCUACACUCUCGUCACGCAUCUGUCCUGAGGAGCACACCAGAUCAGGCCAGCGAAUCGGCCAAUCAGAGAGAGCUAGCUUUGGACAGCCUGGCUCAGAUCGCACAUGCUUUUGACUUCCCGGACCUCCACCGCUUCCUCACUCGGACGCUCCAGGUGCUGCUGCCCUACCUGGCAGCUAAGGCCAGCCCCACAGGCUCCGCCCUCAUCCGGACCCUGGCCAUCGAGUUGAAGGCAAAUAGGAGAGAGAUUCUGAUCAACAACUUUAAGUACAUCUUCAGCCACCUGGUCUGCUCCUGCACCAAAGAAGAGCUGGAGAGGGCGUUUCACUACUUACAGCGUGAAACAGAAAUUGAACUUGGCUCUUUAUUACGACAAGACUUCCAGGGCCUUCACAACGAGCUGCUUCUGCGUUUGGGAGAACAUUACCAACAGGUGUUCAACGGUUUAGCAAUCUUGGCUUCCUUUGCGUCUAAUGAUGAUCCGUACCAGGGUCCACGAGACAUCACCACCCCGGAGCACAUGGCUGAUUACUUGCAGCCAAAGCUGCUGGGGAUCCUUGCUUUUUUCAAUAUGCAGCUGCUCAGCUCCGGUGCAGGAGAAAAGGACCGGAAAAAGCUGGCUUUGAUGAGUGUGAUUGCGUUGAUACGCCUGAUGGGUUCCAAACACAUCAGCUCGGUGCGAGUGAAGAUGAUGACGACGCUCCGCACCGGCCUGCGCUACAGAGAAGACUUCCCUCUGCUCUGCUGCCAGACGUGGGAGUGUUUUGUGAGGAGUGUGGAGCCUUCGCACCUAGGCCCUCUGCUGAGUCAUGUUAUCGUUGCCCUCCUCCCAUUAAUCCCACUUCAGCCUAAAGAAACUGCUGCUAUCAUCCGUUUCCUCAUCUUGGAAAACAGAGAAGAAGUCAAAGACUACCUUCAUGAGAUUUAUUUUCUACCGGACCACUCUGAGCUGAAGGAUAUUCACACAGUCCUGCAAAAUUACAAGAAGCUGACAUCCAGCAGCAGCGACCUGGCCGCAGCCCUGCAGCUCUCCAUGAGAGCCGUUCAGCACGAGAACGUGGACGUAAGGAUCCAUGCGCUGACCAGCCUCAGAGACAUGAUGCACAGCAACCAGGAAUGGCUGCUGCGGCAGGUGUGCGCGAGUGAGGCGGUGGAGCCGGUCAUCUCCAGCCUGGUGUCCGUGCUGCUGAAGGGCUGCCAGGACUCAUCCCCGGAGGCCCGGCUCCUCUGCGGGGAGUGUCUGGGCGAGCUGGGGGCCGUGGAUCCUGGACGUCUGGACCUGUCGCAAGCACACACCCACGGCAACCGCAACACCUUUGUGAGUGGGGUGGACGAUCCUAACUUUGCCUACGAUUUGCUGACCGAGCUGACACGAACCUUUCUGGCGUACGCCGACAACGUGCGAGCUCAGGACUCGGCUGCCUACGCGAUUCAGGAACUGCUGUCUUUAUUUGAGUGUCGUGAAGGAAGAACCGACUCGUCGGGCCGCCGUCUGUGGAGGAGAUUCCCAGAACAGAUUCAAGAAAUCCUGGAGCCUCACCUCAACAGCAGAUAUAAGAGCAGUCAGAAGGAGGUGAACUGGUCCAAACUGAAGAAACCAGUGUACCUCAGCAGCAGAGGCCGCACGUUUUCUGACUGGUCAGCCACCUGGGCUGGAUACCUGAUCAGCAAGGUGAGACAUGAGCUGGCCGGCAAGGUGUUCAAGUGCUGCAGCUUCAUCAUCAAACACGACUACAAGGUCACCAUCUACCUGCUGCCUCACAUCCUGCUCUACAUGCUGCUGGGCUGCACACCUGCAGAGCAGCAGGAGGUGACGGAGGAGAUGCUGGCGGUGCUGACCGAGGGCGACGGACGUGGAGGGGGCUGUGUCCAGGAGACGGCCUCCAGCCUGUCACAGCUCAGCACUCAGACCGUGUUCAGCAUGCUGUCUCACCUGACGCAGUGGAGCCGCCACGUCCUGUACUCCAAACCCAGAAUCAACGACAGUGGAGAUUAUCAGCGUGUGGAUGCCUUCCUGAAGGGUAUUCCCCAGGAUGUCCUGGCCAAGGCCUCCCUGCGGUCCAAAGCCUACACUCGUGCCCUCAUGCACUUUGAAGCAUUCAUCCUAGAAAGCAAAGAGAACAUCCAGGACCACCUCUCCUUCCUGCAGAUGCUGUACGCGGCGAUGCACGAGCCUGACGGAGUGAGAGGGGUCAAUGCUCUGAGGAGGGAAGAACCCUCGCUACGGGAACAGAUACUGGAACACGAGAGCAUCGGGUUGCUCCGAGACGCAACCGCCUGCUACGACCGCGCCAUUCAGCUGGAGUCAGACCAGAUCGGUCACUAUCACGGAGUGAUGACGUCUAUGCUCGGCCUGGGACAGCUUUCUACAGUCAUCACGCAGGUUAAUGGAGUACUGGCCAAUAAGCAACAGUGGAAGUCUGAGCUGAACACCUACAGAGUGGAGGCAGCCUGGAAGCUUGGCAAAUGGGACCUGCUGGAAGAUUAUUUGAGCUCAGACCGGCAGUCCAACACGUGGGGCGUGCGGCUCGGCCAGCUGCUGCUGUCGGCCAAGAAGCAGGAGUCCAGGAGCUUCUACGAGAAGCUGAAGCUGGUGAGGAAGGAGCAGGUCGUCCCUCUGUCUGCUGCCAGUUAUGAGUGUGGAACCUACCAGAGGGGAUACGAGUACCUCGUCAGGCUGCACAUGCUCGGUGAGUUGGAGCACACGUUCACCGAGCUGCAGAAAAGCAAGGAGGGCUCUGCCACGAGCCUCUGCAAGCUGCCGCCUCAUUGGUCAGACCGMCUGGAGAUGACCCAGAACUCCUUCAGGGCCAAGGAGCCCAUCCUGGCUCUGCGCCGGGCCCUGCUCAGCCUCGGACCACAGGCGGAGUGUGAGGAGCUUGUCGGAGAGUGUUGGCUGCAAAGUGCCCGAGUGGCCAGAAAAGCAGGACAUCACCAGACAGCCUUCAACGCUCUUCUGAACGCAGAUAAGACAAACCUGGCUGAGCUGGUCACAGAGAAGGCUAAGUGGCUCUGGUCUAAGGGUGAUGCACACCAGGCUCUGAUCGUCCUGCAGAAGGGCGUGGCCCAGUGUUUCCCUGAGGACCAGCCCCCCACAGACCCUCGCAGCCUCCAGACUAAAGGCAAGGCCAUGCUGCUGGUUGGACGCUUCAUGGAGGAGACUGCCAACUUUGAGUCCAAUGCCAUCAUGAAGGCAUACAAGGACGUGACCAACCUGUUACCGGAGUGGGAGGAUGGAAACUUCUACUUGGCUAAAUACUACGACAAAGUGAUGCCAAUGGUGACUGAUAACAAGCUGGAGAAACAGGGAAACCUCAUCUUAUACAUCGUCACCUUUUUUGGAAAAGCCCUGCAGUUUGGAAACCAGUACAUCUACCAGGCCAUGCCACGCAUGCUCUCUCUCUGGUUGGAUUUCGGAGCUAAAGUGUGCGAACGUGAGAAAGCUGGGCGAACUGACCGACAGCUGCGACAGGAGCUCAGUAAAAUUAACGUGGUGGUCAGUGAACACUGCAACAACUUAGCGCCGUACCAGUUCCUCACCGCCUUCUCGCAGCUCAUCUCCAGGGUGUGCCACUCGAGCGACGAGGUCUUCACUGUUCUCAUGACGAUUGUGGCCAAGGUGCUCCUGGCCUACCCCCAGCAGGCUAUGUGGCUGAUGACUGCUGUCUCCAAGGUGGACGGUAACGUCACCGUCCUCAGUAUGGCCGUUCACUUCAAGCAUCUUAAACGUCUGGUGGAAGAGCCGACGUUCAGCCAGAUCCUGAUCCCGCUGCAGUCGGUCCUCAUUCCAACGCUCCCCUCCACCGGAGGGGCCAACACGCAGCACGAUGCCUUCCCUGGACACUGGGCCUACCUGGAUUGCUUUGAAGACUCUGUGGAGAUUUUGGCGUCUUUACAGAAGCCUAAGAAGAUAAGUCUGAAGGGCUCGGACGGGCAGAGUUACACCAUGAUGUGUAAACCUAAAGAUGAUCUGAGGAAAGACUGCAGGCUCAUGGAGUUCAACUGUCUCAUCAACAAGUGCCUUCGUAAAGAUGCAGAGUCGAGGAGAAGGGAGCUSCACAUUCGCACCUACGCUGUGAUCCCCCUCAACGAGGAGUGCGGCAUCAUCGAAUGGGUCAACAACACGGCUGGGCUGCGACACAUCCUCACCAAGCUGUACAAAGAGAGAGGUAUCUACCUGUCGGGUAAAGAGCUGAGGAAGCUCAUCCUGCCCAAAUCAGCUCCCUUUGAGGAGAAGCUACGCAUCCACAAGGAGGUGCUGUGUGCUCGACAUCGUCCCGUCUUCUACGAGUGGUUCCUCCGAACAUUUCCUGAUCCAACAUCCUGGUACAGCAGUCGCUCAGCAUACUGCCGCUCCACGGCCGUCAUGUCCAUGGUGGGCUACAUCCUGGGUCUGGGAGAUCGCCACGGAGAAAACAUCCUCUUUGACUCGUUCACUGGAGAUUGUGUUCACGUYGACUUCAACUGCCUCUUCAACAAGGGGGAGACAUUUGACGUGCCAGAGGUGGUUCCUUUCCGCCUGACCCAGAACAUGGUUCAUGCUAUGGGGCCCAUGGGCACCGAGGGCCUGUUCAGGCAGGCCUGUGAGGUCACACUAAGACUGAUGAGAGAUCAGAGGGAAUCGCUCAUGAGUGUGCUUAAAACCUUCCUUCACGACCCUCUGGUUGAGUGGAGCAAACAAGGCAAAGGACUAUUAAAAACUCCAGCCAAUGAGACGGGAGAGAUCGUUAAUGAAAAGGCGAAAACCCACGUGUGUGACAUCGACCAGCGUCUCCAGGGGGUGAUAAAGAGCAGGAAUAAAGUGCUGGGUCUGCCUCUGUCAAUAGAGGGACACGUGCACUACCUAAUCCAAGAAGCCACAGAUGAAAAGCUGCUCUGUCAGAUGUAUUUGGGCUGGGGUCCGUACCUUUAAAGGACCCCCUCCCCUCCUUGUAACUACUGCACUUUGGACUGUUGAAAGUAAAGAGAAGCGAUGGGUCAGAAUUUGUUUCCCCUGAAGUUUCCUACAUUGUUUUGAAGUUUCACAUGUUCAGGACAUGUUUGAUACAUGUGACUGUUUUUUUUUAAUAAAAAUAUGUUUAUUUGUAAA